UCAAAGUUGUCUAUACACUUGACCUUUUCAGCUCACAUCCAGGGGCCUAAACACGAAGCAGGUCAGGCUGGAUUGUUUUGGAUAUUUUUGAACGGCAAAAAUUGUUGAUUCUCGCCGAAAUUUUUACAGCCAGGACAAGAGCGUGAUGGAGCAGACAGAAUCUGACUGGAACAGUUGGGAGAUUGGUGGUGAAGGGGGAGACUCCAGUUCACUUCUUGACCCUUUCCAGAAGCAAGAAGAUGCUGCCAGUGUAGUGUCUGGUGAAGGUGGCAAGUCUGAUACAAUGUAUGACAGCAGUAAUGUGGAGGGAGAAGAGCCAAAUUAUCAGUUUGAGAGAGAUUUUGAGAGUCUGGAAGAGAUGAGUGAAAGUAUGUCAGAUGAAGAAGAAGAUGAUGGACACAGUAGCCAAGUUGUGAUAGAUCAGUCACCUUACAGGUUCAUGAAUGGAAAUGAUGGUAUGGCUACAUGUGAGAGAUGUGGAGCUGUUGGUAUAAAGCAUGCUUUCUACUCAAAAUCAAAGAGGUUUUGUUCCCUGGCAUGUUCAAGGGCAGCUGCUAACGGAGAAGAAUAUAUUCCACCACAGCCACUUAAUAUACCAAAAAAGCAAGUAUCUGUAAAGAAACAGAAGUCUGGAAAAUUUAUAAGGCAAAGAAAUAAACAUAACAACAAUAAGCAAGGUUUUGUGCGAAGUUUUGACUGGGGUUCAUACAUCUUAGGCAGCCAUGCUGAAGGGGCCCCUGUUAGCUGUUUCAAACAUGUACCAAUGACAGAUUGUUGGGACAAUAUAACUGUAGGUAUGAAAGUAGAAGUAAAGAACUUUGACUGUGAUCUACAGAGUAUUGUUUACUGGAUAGCAACAGUCAUCAAACUAGCUGGAUACAAGGCUUUGUUGAGAUAUGAGGGAUUUGGUGGAGAUGGACACAAGGAUUUCUGGAUCAAUCUUUGUCACAAAGAAGUGCACCCUGUUGGCUGGUGUGCAACAAGUGGGAAACCUCUCGUACCACCAAAAACUAUCCAGCACAAGUACUCAGACUGGAAGGACUAUCUAGUGAAAAGACUGACUGGUUCACGAACAUUGCCUAGUAAUUUCUACAGUAAGGUGCAGGAAGGGAUCAACAACCACAAGUUCCGCAGUGAGAUGCAUGUUGAAGUGGUCAACAGGAUGUGUGUGUCGGCAAUGCGUGUUGCCACCGUAGAGGAGGUCAUUGGAGGUCGACUCCGCCUCAGAUAUGAUGAUUCAAAAGAGGAAGGAGAUGAGUUUUGGUGCCACAUGAGGUCAGCAUUGCUUCAUCCAGUAGGCUGGUCACAGCAGGUCGGACAUAAACUACAUUGCACACCAGAAUAUAGAAACCAGUGCCUUAGCAAGGUUACUAUGCAGAAAUAUGACACAAAUGAUGCUACACCAGAUAUGUUCCCUAGGGUGAAGAGUCCACCAGAAGGUUUCAAGUUCCAGGUAGGACAGAAAUUGGAAGCCAUAGAUCCCCUGAACCUGUCUGCAGUAUGUGUAGCUACUGUGAUGAAAGUGCUUAAGAAUAAUUACUUGAUGAUCGGUAUAGAUGGUUCAAUUGCCCAGAAUGGAACUGACUGGUUCUGUUACCAUGCUACGUCCCCCUGUAUUUUCCCUGUGGGCUUCUGUGAGGUGAAUGGUCUUGCAUUGACCCCACCUCGAGGGCACAAGUCACCAUUCCGAUGGUUUGAUUAUCUGAAACAAACAAGAUCCACUGCUGCUCCGGUCAAACUCUUUGAUAAGGAAAUACCGAAGCAUGGGUUUAAGGCUGGAAUGAAGCUGGAAGCUGUAGAUCUGAUGGAACCAAGGUUGAUUUGUGUAGCAACCAUUGCAAAAGUUGUUGGACGUUUGUUGAGGAUCCAUUUUGAUGGUUGGGAGUCUGAGUAUGAUCAGUGGGUGGAUUGUGAGUCACCAGAUCUCUACCCUAUUGGCUGGUGUGAGGUGAUGUCAUAUCCUGUAGAAGGACCAAGACUGAAAACCGAGGUACCAAAUGCCCCCCAGGUACAACCAGGUUCAGCAAAGAAAAGAAAGGGGAAAACGCAAAUCUACAAAGGACCACGCAAAAAGAGGAAGCCAAAGAAUGCCUUGUCCCCUCCUCCAGGAGUGAAAUCAAUGUCUUCCCAGUUUGACAUCAUGCGUCAUCGUAUCUUGAACACACGGCCAGAUGAAAUGACUGAGAGGCCACAGGAAGUGCCGCAAGUAUCUGAGCUGAUGGCUGAAAUAACUAGACCUAAAACUGAAGUGAAAUCUGAAGCAUUAGAGAGUUCAAGACAAGUGCCUUCAUUAGACAGGAACCAUUCUUCAUUAACCAGCAUACCAGAUGUAAAACCAGCAUUAAAUAAAACACCAACAAAUACAAGGGUAAACACACCAAACACUUUCAAUAGCCAGUCUGCAAACAAAACUGCAAGACCAUCUUCAGUGCCAUCAAACGUUAGUACAGCUACAAAAAGUGCUUUACUAGAAAGAAUAAAUUCUUCCACAAACUCAGUGCCACAGAACAUACAAUCAAGUAUGCUCGCUGGACAUUUGACUGGUGCCAUUCCUAUAAGACAAAAUUCUGGACUGGUUCCAACCACCAGUCCAGCAACUGCUGGAAAUCAGACUGUAUUGUUAGGAAACCAGUCUAGUGUGUUGACUGGUUCUCAGCAGACUGUUUCAGAGCCACAGACUCUGUAUUUAACACAGAGACAGCAGAGCCUGUCACCGGAACAAUGGAGUGUGAUAGAUGUGUGCCAUUUCCUCAAGUAUAAUGAUUGCAGUGCUUAUGUGGAGAUCUUCCAUAGAAAGAAUAUCAGUGGAGAGCAGUUUGUUAAAUUAAACAAGGAGCAGAUAGCAAGUUUAACAGGAAUGAAAGUGGGUUCCUCACUCAAGGUGUAUGACUUAAUUCAAGUGUUGAAGAGUAAACUGAUGUCACAGAAACUGCCAGUGUCUAACACCUAGCCUAUGUUCUUCCAGAAACUGAAAAUUGCUUCACAUAUUCAAAACCUGCAGAAAGUUUGAAUUGUUGUUUAUGGUGUUAAAUUUGUUAGAGAUUUGCGAGUAUUUUUUAAAACAGGGUGCUCAAUAGUAAAAACUUGCAUGGCCUGCAAGUACUUACACCUUUAACUUAUUUGAGUGAACACCAUAGAAAAAAUGAAUAUGUUAAUAUGCAAAGACGAUAAAAACCAGCAUUUCGACUGGGUGAUCUCAUUUUUUGUGAGAAUUUACUGUGAUUAGUUAGGUGGACAGACAGUUAUCAUGGAGAUAUUGUUAUAUCUAGGGCAGCUGAUUUAUGUUUUAUUCCACUGCCAUUUUGAUUUUAUAUUGAUCUGUUUUAUGUACAGAUAUGGUGCAGAUUAAGUUUACAAAAAAAAACCAUUUCAUUACUUUUAUUGAAGUCGACAGUUAUUAGACAGUAGUACAAACAAUAAGGUGAUUUGUAGUCUUGCUAGAGGGAACCUAAACUGUUCUAAUGUAUUUCUGAACUUGGAGCUUAGAAAUUAGUGAAAUGAAUGGAAGUCUGGAACCUCAAAAUACUGCUGGAAACGUGUUAAAAACUGUUGUGUGUGAAGGAACAUUUACUGAAUUUUUUUUUUUUUUUUUCAAGAAAAAUGUUGAUAUCUUGUAGAGGUUUACAUAUGUUCCAGAAUGAAGCUGAACCUUAAAAUAACAUUUUAUGCAGAUAUCUUGAAAACAAAAUUGUAUUACAAGAAUAUUGUUACUAAGAACUACUUUUAGUUGUGAGAAAAAACUUUCUGAUACUCUGUUUGUGUGUCCUAUUUUGUAUUUGAGGGAACUCGCAGGUUGUGAAUGAUCAUGUUGUUCAUGUAUUUUGUUGUUUUUGUCUGUUUUAUAAGUAAUUUGUGUUUUAUUUGACAAUCAUGUGUAAGCUAUUCUCAUGCUGUCAUUUGAUUAUUCAAGAUUAUUUACUCAAGUUAAAAACUUACUACAGACCUGUAUUCACUUAAGUUUUAAGUCUGAAACUUAGACUUUAAAAUUCUAAAUGUUCUUUUUUCUCUCUGUAAUUGGUAAAGUAGCGCAGAUUAUGAUGAAACUGUAUAAUUAUGUAGUCACAAAAAGCUCGGCCAAUUUUCAUUCAUGUAAGUUAUAACCUUUUAACAAUGUUGCGACAAAUUGUAUAUUUGUUGGUCUUAAGUUUCAGACUUAAAACAUUGUGGAAUAUGAUCCAAGAUUCUGCAUACCUUAUACCAUGCAUGUUUGUAAAACAACGUUACUGCCCCUUUAAAGUUGAGUUAUGUAUUUGUUUCUGUAACUAGGAUUUUUUUUAAACCUACUUCAUGUGCAAGGGUUUUAAGACAACUUGCACAAAAUAUAUACUAAAGUAUCUCAAUUUUUUUCUGGUAAAGUACAAAAAGGCUCUUAUUACCUCCCUUGAAGAGAAUUUUCAGAUCAGAAUUUUAUCCCUUAUAGACCAUUGCACUUCAUUAUAUAUAUACCAAAUUGUUUAUACCAAGAACUACAGUAUAUAUAUUAUGAUGACAAAUGGUUUGUAAAGUAUAAUAACUUAUUUUAGCCCAAAAUCUCUGGUUUCAUGAACAUAACAUUUCUGAUAAUUACAUUAUUCUUAAAAUUCGAUGGUUUUAUGUGUAAUUUGAUUAAUGUAUCAGUGAUAAAUCACUGGUUGAAAUACAUUGGGUGCCAAAACUGCUCUUGUUUACAAGAGUUCAACAGACAUAAUAGAGUUUCAGUUCUGAAAAUACUUAUUUUGUCCUGUUAAGAAGUACACCAGUGGGCAACUUUUGAAACUUAAUAUUCAUUUUGUGCUAUAAUCUUAUUACAUGAUUGUCCUUGUAGUUUGUUAAUUGCUUUCAAAUGAUCUCAAAUGUAUAUAUUUGUUACACAAGUUUUAUAUUAUGUAUAUAUAUACACAUUAGAUAGAAAUUAAACAUUUCCUGUUUCUUUAUUUCAAAAGGAAGAACUGAUCUUAAAAUUUGUUUUCAGGUUUUAAAAACUUUCUUUUUAUCCAUCUUUGUGGUUUUGAAGCACAUUUCAAAGGUAACUUCAUUGGAAGUGGAAGUUUUGUUUAUGCAGUUCUGAUGACCACGAAAGAAUUUCCUCGGGCAUAAAAAUGUUUUGAUUGUAGACAGAUAUUUUAGGAUAGUUAUGGACGGUGCAAUAUGUCAGAAGUAUUAAGAAAUAUAAAAAUUGUGAAGAAAGUUAGAGCUGUGCAAAUUCUGAAGUAAAACAAGUUUUUUUUGCAGUGAAGUUAAUUCACAGCAAAUUGUGAAGUAAAUUCACUGUAAACUGUGAAGUAAAUUCAAACAAAAAUGACUAGAGACACAUUUUUAUGUUCAGAAUGCUUUUUGCAGUUUAAUUAUUAUUACAAGAAUUUUUUAACCAUGACCCUGCUAAAUUUCUAAAACGGACUGGUCUAUCAUUCAAUUUGGACAGAACAAUUGAUUAAACGAAGGAACACUGAAAAUUUACUGACUGAAUAACGAACAGUGCAGACCAUGAUCAGCCUGCAAGGAUGUGCAGGCUUCUUGGUCUGCAGUGGUCGCUAAGGCAAAAUCACUUGCCAUUUGACAUGUCUGUGUAACAGUGUUGAAUCCAGUUGUGAAAUGUUUAUAGUAUAACUUUAUGUAGAAAUAUCGAGCUGUUCGUAAUAUGUUAACAAAGACAAAACUGCAUGGUAAAUUGUUCGAAAAAAGUCUAUUUUACUGAAGUUUAAAAUGCAAAUGUAACUAUAUAUAAUAUAUUUAUGUCUCCCCCAGGAGACAUAUUGUUUUUGCCCUGUCCGUCCGUCCGUCCGUACGUCACACUUCAUUUCCAGCAAUAACUGGAGAACCAUUUGACCUAGAACCUUCAAACUUCAUAGGGUUGUAGGGCUGCUGGAGUAGACGACCCCUAUUGUUUUUGGGGUCACUCCGUCAAAGGUCAAGGUCACAGGGGCCUGAACAUUGAAAACCAUUUCCGAUCAAUAACUAGAGAACCACUUGACCCAGAAUGUUGAAACUUCAUAGGAUGAUUGGUCAUGAAGAGUAGGUGACCCCUAUUGAUUUUGGGGUCACUCUGUCAAAGGUCAAGGUCACAGGGGCCUGAACAUUGAAAACCAUUUCCGAUCAAUAACUAGAGAACCACUUGACCCAGAAUGUUGAAACUUCAUAGGAUGAUUGGUCAUGAAGAGUAGAUGACCCCUAUUGAUUUUGGGGUCACUCUGUCAAAGGUCAAGGUCACAGGGGCCUGAAAAUUGAAAACCAUUUACGAUCAAUAACUAGAGAACCACUUGACCCAGAAUGUUGAAACUUCAUAGGAUGAUUGGUCAUGAAGAGUAGAUGACCCCUAUUGAUUUUGGGGUCACUCCAUCAAAGGUCAAGGUCACAGGGGCCUGAACAUGGAAAACCACUUCCGAUCAAUAACUAGAGAACCACUUGACCCGGAAUGUUGAAACUUCAUAGGAUGAUUGUACAUGCAAAGUAGAUGACCCCUAUCGAUUUUGGGGUCACUCCAUUAAAGGUCAAGGUCACAGGGGCCUGAACAUUGAAAACCAUUUCCGAUCAGUAACUAGAGAACCACUUGACCCAGAAUGUUGAAACUUCAUAGGAUGAUUGGUCAUGAAGAGUAGAUGACCCCUAUUAAUUUUUGGGUCACUCCGUCAAAGGUCAAGGUCACAGGGGCCUGAACAUUGAAAACCAUUUCGGAUCAAUAACUAGAGAACCACUUGACCCAGAAUGUUGAAACUUCAUAGGAUAAUUGGUCAUGCAGAGUAAAUGACCCCUAUUGAUUUUGGGGUCACUCCAUCAAAGGUCAAGGUCACAGGGGCCUGAACAUGGAAAACCAUUUCCGAUCAGUAACUAGAGAACCAUUUGACCCAGAAUGUUGAAACUUCAUAGGAUGAUUGUACAUGCAAAGUAAAUGACCCCUAUCGAUUUUGGGGUCACUCCAUUAAAGGUCAAGGUCACAGGGGCCUGAACAUUGAAAACCCUUUCCGGUCAGUAACUUGAGAACCACUUGACCCAGAAUGUUGAAACUUAAUAGGAUGAUUGGUCAUGCAGAGUAGAUGACCCCUGACGAUUUUGUGAUCACUCUGUGAAAGGUCAAGGUCACAGGAGCCUGAACAUUGAAAACCAUUUCCGGUCAGUAACUUGAGAACCACUUGACCCAGAAUGAUGAAACUUCAUAGGAUGGUUGGUCAUGCAGAGUAGAUGACCCCUAACGAUUUUAGGGUCACUCUGUUAAAGGUCAAGGCCACAGGGGCCUGAACAUGGAAAACCAUUUCCAAUUAAUAACUUGAGAACCUCUCGACCCAGAAUGUUGAAACUUCAUAGGAUGAUUGUUCAUGCAGAGUAGAUGACCCCUUUUGUUUUUUAGGUCACUCCGUUAAAGGUCAAGGUCACAGAGGCCUGAACAUUGAUAACCAUUUCCGAUCAAUAACUUGAGAACCACUUGACCCAGAAUGUUGAAACUUCAUAGGAUGAUUGAACAUGCAGAGUAAUGACCCCAUAUUGAUUUUGGGGUCAGUCUAUUAAAGGUCAAGGUCACAGUGGCCUGUUCAUGUAAAAUCAUUUUUUGGAAAUAACUUGAGAACCACUUGACCUACAAUGUUGAAACUUAAUAGGAUGAUUGGACAUGCAGAGUAGAUGACCCCUAUUUAUUUUGAGGUCACUUGAUCAAAGGUCAAGGUCACAGGAGCCUGAACAGUGACUUGAGAACCACUAGGCCAAGAGUGUUGAAAUUUAGCGGGAUGACUGGACAUGCCAAGUAGAUGAUCCCUAUUGCAGCCAACCAUCAGUGUCUCUUUGACUUUCGCUCCUGACCCCUAUUUACUUCUUGCCUAUAGGACUUUGCAUUGGGGGAGACAUGCGCUUUUUUACAAAAGCAUUUUCUAGUUUCAAUCUGCGAUUUUGUGUCUAAAUAUAAUUUUAGCAGUUUUCAAACGCUUGAUCUGUAAACUUACAGAUUGAAAAAUCUGUAAAUUUAUGGAUUAUCUGUAAAUUUACAGAAAAUCUGUAAAUACUCCACUUUCCUAGACCUGAUAAUGCGGUGGGUGGGGUAGCGCCGAUGUCAGGGUUUUCGUUUCGGACCGAUUGAGUUCUCAAAAUUUCCGGAGCCCUGGACAUGAAUAUUAUCUUCGUUUUCUGGCCGGAUGGUUUUGUACUGAGUCCUAGAUUCACAGAAUGGAGUUAUUAUGUCUCCCACCACACUUGUGUGGGAGAUAUAUUGAUUUACUCCAGUGUGUGUCUGUGUGUCUGUCACAAAGCUUAUCCGCACUCUAAUUUGAACAUUUCUCAUCUGAUCUUCACCAAACUUGACCAAAAUGUGUUUGCCAAGAAGUGCACAGCCAGGUUUGAUAACUAGCCAAAUCGGCCCAGGCACUUGGGAAUUAUGCUCGUUGACUUCCCAAAAAAGCUCAGAUUUUCUUGCACAUUUUUGACCUCAAAACGGCGCCUAUACUACUGUUGAAAGUAGUUAAGGGGUCCUUUUGGAGUCUAAAAAGGGCAUGCACAUGUGCUCUGAGUAAACAGUAUAUAUAGACUGAUUUGCUAUUGAGAUUAUUAGGCAGUUGUGGGAGACAUGUGCUUUUCUCAAAAGCAUCUCUAGUUUGUUACUGUUUUAGUGCUUGACAGACUUAAUAAUAUAGGGCAAAAUGAUGCAAAUAGCAUUUAAAUGUACAGAAAAAUUGUAUAUUGAUAACCAUACAUCUGUUUACCAGUUGUUUCAUGUCAAAGACUACUUGCAUAUGUUGAGAAGAUUAUGAUAUCCUGUUCAGUGUUUCCAUAAUCAUAAAAAUGUUUAUAGAGAGAAUUAAAAAACCAUGGUUUUGUUGAUGAAAGUUCAUUUUUGAAUAUUUUUUUUGAUGCACAUGUUUUGGUAUAUGUAAGGGAGAUAGUGCAAAUAACAUACCUGGACGUUAUAUUGUAUAUUUCUUUUGUUCAAUUUCAAUAAAAACAUUUUUAAAGAGUUA